CCCACGUUCAUGGCCUUCAUGACGAAGUCUCGUAAGCUUUCCUGGUAUCUUGAUUGCUACGGCUGAAUAGUUGCAGCAAAAUAUCAGAACAAUUCAUGAUGAGUUAUGGUGAAAAGCCUGAGGACAUAACGAGAGAAGAGUGGAUGGAGAAACUCAACAAUGUCCACAUUCAGAGGGCCGACAUGAACAGGCUCAUCAUGAACUACCUGGUGACAGAGGGGUUUAAGGAGGCAGCUGAGAAGUUCCGUAUGGAGUCUGGGAUUGAGCCCAGUGUGGACCUGGAUUCUCUGGACGAGAGGAUAAAGAUCCGGGAGAUGAUUCUGAAGGGACAGAUACAGGAGGCCAUCGCACUCAUCAACAGCAUGCACCCAGAACUGCUCGACACAAACCGCUACCUGUACUUUCACCUACAGCAGCAGCACCUGAUUGAGCUGAUCCGUCUGAGGGAGACUGAGGCAGCACUAGAGUUUGCUCAGUCCCAGCUGGCAGAGCAGGGGGAGGAGAGCAGAGAGUGUCUGACAGAGAUGGAGAGAACCCUGGCCCUGCUGGCCUUUGACAACCCUGAGGAGUCGCCCUUCGGAGACCUCCUCAACACGAUGCAGAGGCAGAAGGUGUGGAGUGAAGUGAACCAGUCUGUGCUGGACUACGAAAACAGAGAGUCGACGCCCAAACUGGCCAAGCUCCUCAAACUGCUCCUGUGGGCUCAGAACGAACUCGACCAAAAGAAAGUCAAGUACCCCAAAAUGACAGACCUCAGCAAGGGCACGAUCGAGGACCCAAAGUGAGAGCACACCAGGCUGUGUAUGCUGGUGGAAAAUAAAUGGACUCCCCUCCUACCUAUUUAUACUCUGACAGAGACUGACUGAAACAAUCUUUUUUCUUUCUUUGUGUGGGUUGCUUUUUGGGAGACUUUGAUAAUGUGGACUGUGGAACUGGAUAGUUUGUAUUUUAAAGUGACUUGCUGCCUGAAACUUUAAUAUCCAAAAUAUAAACCCUUGUAUUUUAAUGAAGUAAAAUUAUAAGACUUUUGUUUCAUGUCUGCAAUAGUUGUGUAUGAACAUUUCCUUUUUGCAUAUUUCACAGUUACACUUUUUGUUUUCUGUCUACUGGCAGGGAAAGUUAGCCGUCUUUGCAAAUGGAUGGUGUGUUAAAGCCUAAAUUAGGCUCUUGGGACUAUAAUGUGUCAACCUAUAAACAGAAAUGAAUGAGGGUGUGGUGUUGGGGUAGAACGAUUGGUUCCCAUUGCUGUGGUCUGCUGUCACAAUUACAGUAUAUUUUGUUUUUCUGAACAAAAAACAUGCACAUUUCAGUUUCUCAUGAAUGCUAGGGUAGGGGCCAAAGCUGGGUACUGACUGUGAAUGAUUCUAAGCUGACAAUGCCCUGUAAUGUUGUCAGGGUUUUACUGCAACCUUAGUUUUCAUCCUGUUAUCUUGAAACAACAAGACAAUAAUGUGAAUACAUACAGAGACAUAAAUUCAGUUCAAGUUGACAGUUUUGCAACUGGAUUAUUUACAUGUAUGGAAUAAAAUACUAUUUUGGAACACUU